AUGUCUAAGCUUCCUGUUAUCAAGCUAUCCGACGAAAUCGAUUAUGACAAACAACAAGUUGCCUUUGAGGCUUUCCUUACAGGAUUCAAAUCAACACUUUCAACAGAAGAGGCUGCCCGUGACGCGUUAUCGAACUUGAACAUGGAGGACCAGGACGAAGACCUCACCGAUACACCCCGCCGUCGUGCAACGCGCUCUGGUGGAAGAAGCCGUGCAAGAAGACCGAGAGUUGCGGUUCAGGAACCCAAACUAAAGUACAUGCUACAGCUCCAAGAGAUUGCAAACAGAACACGGGAUUCUAUCACUAUUGAGUUGGAUGACUUGAGGAGUUUUGAGGAUUCAGGUCUUGUUGAAGAAGCAGUGGGAUUAGUCAAAGCGGUGGACAAGAAUGCUGCUCAUUACAUUGAGAUCUUUUCGAGGGCCAUUGAUAAAGUUAUGCCCCCGGAGACUGUAGACACUACCUACAAUGACGAUGUCCUUGACCUCUUCCCCGCGAUGCUUACCCGUCGCUACCAGGUGUAUUUCAAGCCUUUGACACCAUCAGGCGACUCUGGUAACAAAGCGCUUGCAGUGCGUAAUGUUCGUGGUAGCCAUCUAGGUCAUUUGAUCACCGUUCGUGGUAUUGCAACCCGUGUGUCGGACGUCAAGCCUACUGUACUCGUUAAUGCAUAUACCUGCGACAGAUGUGGUUGCGAGAUUUUCCAAGAGGUCAAGACCAAGAGCUUUGCUCCAUUAGUCGAUUGUCCUUCACAAGAGUGCAAGAACAAUGAUGCGAGAGGUCAGCUUUUCAUGUCGACUCGUGCGUCCAAAUUCUUGCCAUUCCAGGAAAUCAAGAUUCAGGAAAUGGCAGAUCAAGUACCUGUCGGACACAUUCCCCGAACCCUCACAGUGCAUGCCCACGGUUCUCAGACAAGAUGUGUCAACCCUGGAGAUGUCGUUGAUAUUGCGGGAAUAUUCCUACCAACACCAUACACCGGCUUCAAAGCUAUCAAGGCAGGUCUAUUAACAGAUACCUACCUUGAAGCCAUGCACUUUGAGCAACACAAGAAACAAUAUGACGACAUAGUGAUCGAUACCCGAACUAUCCAACGUAUUGAAGAGCUCCGAGAACAAGGCAACCUCUACGACACCCUUGCCAAGUCCAUUGCCCCCGAGAUCUUCGGUCACGAGGAUGUGAAGAAAUGCCUCCUCCUCCUCCUCAUUGGCGGUGUAACCAAAGAAAUGGGUGAUGGAAUGAGAAUCCGUGGUGAUAUCAACGUGUGCUUGAUGGGAGACCCCGGAGUGGCCAAAUCCCAGCUCCUAAAAUACAUCACCAAAGUCGCCCCCCGUGGAAUCUACACCACAGGUCGUGGAUCCUCUGGUGUCGGUCUCACAGCUGCCGUCAUGCGCGACCCAGUCACAGACGAGAUGGUCCUCGAAGGCGGAGCCCUGGUACUAGCAGACAACGGUAUAUGCUGCAUCGACGAGUUUGACAAGAUGGAUGACUCGGACCGCACAGCGAUUCACGAAGUCAUGGAGCAGCAAACCAUCUCUAUUUCCAAAGCCGGUAUCACCACAUCCCUAAACGCACGUACUUCCAUCCUGGCGGCAGCGAAUCCCCUCUACGGCCGCUACAACCCCAAGUUCUCCCCUGUGGAAAACAUCAAUCUCCCUGCCGCCCUCCUCUCCCGGUUCGACAUCCUCUUCCUAAUCCUGGACACCCCCACCCGUGAAGGCGACGAAGAACUCGGCCGUCACGUCACAUUCGUGCACAUGGAGAACCGCCAUCCAGAAAUGGACUUUGAACCCCUGACCCCGCAAGAAAUGCGCAUUUACAUUGCCCAAGCUAGGACCAAGCGCCCCGUCAUUCCUAAGGAAGUAGCAGACUACAUAGUCGGCGCGUACGUUAACACGCGUAAAGCCGCGAAGAAGGCGGAAAAGGACAACAAGUCCUUCACCCACGCAUCACCCCGUACCCUCCUUGGCAUCAUCCGUCUCUCCCAGGCACUCGCCCGUCUGCGCUUCGCCGACACAGUCGUGAUCGAGGACGCCGACGAAGCGCUUAGACUCAUUGAAGUGUCCAAAGCUUCGCUGCAGGAGAAGAGCGACUGGGAUGAGGACAAUACCGUUUCCUCGAAGAUCUACAACAUCAUCCGAACCCUGGCCUUUGGUGCGGGUGACGGCAGUGGCGAGUUGAAUAUGAGGAAUGUCCGAGAGAGGGUUUUGGCGAAGGGUUUCACGGACGAUCAGUUGGCCGACGUGAUAGAUGAGUAUUCCGCGUUGGAUGUUUGGCAGGUAGCUGGGGAGGGUACUAGACUCGUGUUUGUCGGGGCGGAAGUUGAUGCUGAGGAAAUGGAUGUCGACAUGAGUUAGUUUUUAGUCUCUUUCUCCUUUUUUUUUGCCUUUACCGCCCUCCCCAUAUCCUAAGUCAGUCUGGGUUACGCGCGGUAUACUCGAAUGUGUGACAUCCUGUGCCCGAAAAUACAAUGACAUGAUAGAUGAUGA